AUGUUUUGGGGCUGUCGCGUCAAGAUCGCAGUCAAGAGCCUCGUCACCAAGGGCACCCUGGUCCAGACCAAGGGCACCGGUGCAUCCGGCUCCUUCAAGCUCAACAAGAAAGCCGUCGAGGCGAAGAAGCCCGCCAAAAAAGCUGCAGUCCCCAAAGUCAAGAAGGUGGCCGCCAAGAAGCCCGCCGCGGCGAAGAAGCCCAAGAAGGUAGCAGCCAAGAAGGCCGUCGCCGCAAAGAAGUCCCCCAAGAAGGCCAAGAAGCCCGCUACACCCAAAAAGGCCACCAAGAGCCCCAAGAAGGUGAAGAAGAUUGCCGCAGCGGCCAAGAAGGCGGUCAAGAGCCCCAAGAAGGCUACAAAGGCAGCCAAGCCCAAAGCCGCCAAGCCCAAGGCAGCCAAGGCCAAGAAGGCAGCCCCCAAGAAGAAGUAA